UCUAAUCCAACUUAAACAUAACAAAAACACUUAAGUAAUAGAAUAAGCUGUUAAGCGGCGCGCCGAUCCAUUGCAAUCCAAAUCGUUCAAAGGCAUUUCGAAAAGAAAGCCCAGCAGAAGCAACUUAGAAGCAACGGGAACAGAGCAGUAUAGGGAAGUAGUCCAUAUAUAUAUAUAUAACCUCCUGUUAACGCUAGGAUACUACCAUUUAAGCUGUAAAACUAUGUACAUUUGAAAAGAGAAAGAUUAUCUAACUACGCAAGCAACUGUGAGCCGUGAAAAUCAGUAAACUAGAGAGGAAAGAGAACCUAAAUCAGACUAAAGAGGCAUUAUAUAGCAGGCAGGUGGGGGGAACUAAAGUGGCACAGAGUCGCAAUACCGACGUAACACUGUACAUAGCUAGAUUACACAAACCGAACCCAAAUCCAAAUCCAAUCCUUGUCACAAGCCGAAAGAAGUUAUCGCGAUGAACGCGCGCUCGCAGGUCUUCGAUCUGACCAUGGAGGGUCGUCAGGUGGACGAGGCGGUGGCCACCAUCUUCCACACCGUCCUCUUCCACCGCUGCCUGGGCAAGUACAUGUACACGGGCGACGCCCAGUACUCGAUCGGCACGGUAGGCUACACGGACGUCGACUGCAACUUCAUCGACUUCACCUACGUGUGCUGCACCUCGGACAGCCUCACGCACAAGGUGAAGCGGGCCAUCAACUCGUUCAGCGAGAAGUUACGCUCCAACGAAAGCUGCGGCUCCGGCCAGAUCAGCCUGGAGUUCUUCCAAAAGAAGAAGAACCGCUGGCCCUUCCCGCAGGAAUCAAUCCCGUGGGAGGUGUGGACGGUACACCUGGACCUGAUCAAGCACGAGAACGAGGACGAGCGGCAGCUGUGCCGCGAGAAUGUCUCCGAUCUCCUCACCGAAAAGGUCAUUUACAUCACCGAGCUGAUGAACCGACACGACUACGUGCCCAAGACGCCCAGCCAGAGUGAACUGGACCUGAUCUUCGACACAUCUUUUCCGGACGUGCAGCCGUAUCUGUUCAAAUUCGACUACUCCACUUCGGGCUCGGCUGCUCCGUCCAUGGGCAAUGCCAUGAAAAAGAUCAUCAAGGAGACGCUCGCAAUGUGACGGGCUGGCGGAGAAAGGAUCAUCAGCGAGUUUAUUUAUUUGAAUUUUUUUUCAAUCGUUUUCGCAUAAUGUAGUUACUGCUACUUAGAGCUUCAUUGGCGAUUUCUCUAUCAUUUACAAGGGUGAUAAGAUAACAUACCAAGUAGUCAAAGAUUUAUAGCAUGUCCCUGCUGAACUAGAAUGUUAUAUGCAAAGGCUCUUUAUUUCUAUAUUCUGUUGUUCAGUUGUUAUGGCAUAGUAAUUUAAGUCCUGGACACUCGGACCAAUGCAGGAUUUAAAGCAGGACGAAAAGAUGUGUAGAUAGCCGUGUAUAGACAGAGGCAGAUGGAUACACAGUCCAUGGAUGUUCAAUUGUCAAUUUAGGCUACCAUUUGUGACCCCACCAAACUUUCCUUGCUCCAAGUCAAAGGUGAAGCACUAGCCUUCAUGUGUAACUACUAUACAAACGCUGUAUCAUUUCGAUUAUCCAUGCAAAACGUUCCAAAAGCAAGCUUGGAGCUCCACUAGCAAGCAAUUACCUGUCAGCAGAGCAAAUAUAUCGUGUUAAUCCUAAUCCUAAUCCUAAUCGCCAGUGUAGAUAAUGGAAAAGAAGUAGAUGAAAGCUAAGAAUAUAUGCGGUGUGCGAGGGGAAGAGAGAGGAACGAUGAGAAAAACAACCAUAAUGAACCAACCAUCUAAUUAUGAGAUCGUGGCACGUAGCGGUGAAGCGGUAGAGAUGUAUGUAUAAAAGAUUGUGAUUGUACUUGUAGUGAUUAAACGAUAGUACCGACUCUAUGUAUCCAUAGAGAUCCAAUAUAUAGAUGUGUAUGUAUGUAAAUCAAUGUUUAUCUGUAUGUCCAAGCUAUAAAAGUAAUCGAUAAAUGUACUUUACGACUUAACUAAUAUUGUAAAAUCGAAUUAAGCAGAAUAAAUCCUUUGAAUCACACGUUCAAAGUAGAAAUGUAA